AUGCACUCCAAAGAUACUCAGUUUGGGAAACUAACAUUUCAGUCAUGGUUGAUCGAGAGCGCGGGGACUCUCCCUAUCAAGCGACGGAAAGACCAUGCUGAAGGAGAAGCGGAUAAUACUGUUGUAAUGGGGGCUCUAGUCAAAGCACUAGAAGAAGGUGACGCGAUUUGUUUGUUCCCUGAAGGCAUGAGCCGUUACCAUCCCAGUGUCGCUCCUAUGAAAACUGGAGUUGCUCGUAUCGCAUCUGACGUCCUAACCCAACAAAAGGAUAACCCUGACUUCUGUAUCACUCUGCUAACAUGCUCUAUAACAUAUAUGCAUCGGGAGCAUUUCCGGAGUGACGUGCUGGUUUCGUUUAACCCACCCUUGAAAUUAACCCCCAAAGCACCCCCGUCAUGGAAGAUUAUUCGAACAGCCAAAGCAGCAUCGAGAAUUUACGUUCCACUUGGAACAGGCAUGGGGUUAGGAGACUGGGUCCGUGUCGUGGGGCGCUUCGCUGGCGAGGCUGGUUUUGGUGGAGUAGGAAAAGUGCGAAGUCGAAAACCAAGUUUGCAUAGCUCUGCAUCAUCGAUCGGAAAAUCUGGGAUAAUCAGUGCUGAAUGGCAGCCAGGUCCAUCCGAAGAGGAGGCCGUGGUAGAAAAUAUGGAGCACAGCUCAAUUAGUGACGAAUUUGUAGAGACCUUGGCCCGGGACAUUCAGUCCCAUCUCGAACGGCUAGGGCUGAAGGACUUCCGAGUACUCCAGUAUAAUACCCUAUCUCGCCGACGUAUCGCCUCUCGUAUACUGAUACGCAUUCCUCUAAUUGUGGCACUUGGUACUCUCGCGCUUCCCGGGUUGGCACUUUGGCUUCCUGUAUUUGCCACAGUGGCUUACUUCACCAAAAAGCACAAGCAAACCGGUCCAGUUUGGGAUACAUAUGAUGAGAUAUCCCAGACCAAACUAAUAUACGGUCUCGCAGCAGGAGCAAUAACAUGGCUCAUCGCGUGUGUCGUCACUUUUCCUUUUGCUCCUGCGACCGCGUUACUUGUUCCCGGCGUUAUGUGGAUGGCACUUCGAUGGACCGAGGAUCUUGUCGCAGGCGUUCGUUCUGUUGUCGCAUUGGCUCGACUACUUCUCGUCGGAAAGCCAGAGAUGAACAAGACGCUUCUAUGGCGCGGAGAUAUCCAUGCCCGUGUCAUGAAAUUGGCUAUCGAACGACUUGAGCUCCCCGCAAACCCGGAGGAGUUCUUUUCGACGAAGAAAUCUCCCGGGCCACGUUGGGACACGAAAGGAGGGGCUGACAAGGGUCGUACUCAGGGGCUAUGGGCUAGAGGUACCCGUUACUUCUCGUUGCGUCGGCGAAGAAAGCGUGAUUGGAAUGAAACAAUGAGGUGGUAUGACCAGACAUAUUUCCCUGACGAUGAAUUGUGA